AAGACCGCGGCUCUUCGUGAAGGUUCGAUUAGCAGAGAAAGAAACGAGAAAGGAGGGAGAGAUAGAGAGGAAGAAGAGAGAGUAUGUCUCACUUUGGGAGGUCUGGUCCGCCAGACAUCGCAGACACCUAUUCGCUUCUCGUCCUCAACAUCAGCUUUCGUACAACUGCAGAUGAUCUGUUCCCCUAUUUUGACAAGUAUGGCAAGGUGGUGGACAUCUUCACUCCUAGAGAUCGAAGGACUGGUGAGCCUCGUGGGUUUGCAUUUGUUCGUUAUAAGUACCAAGAUGAAGCACAGAAGGCUGUUGAUAGGCUAGAUGGGAGGGUUAUUGAUGGCAGAGAAAUUAUGGUUCAGUUUGCAAAGUAUGGGCCAAAUGCAGAGCGGAUUCACAAAGGAAGGAUUACUGAACCGUUAUCAAAAACCGGUGGCAGAGUUAGAAGCCGCAGCCCGCGGCGAAGGUACCGUGAUGUUUAUGACAGAGACUGGGAUUAUUCAAGGAGUCGUCAUCGCAGCAGGAGUUGGGAUAGGUAUGACCAUGACAAGCAUCAUGGGAGGGAGAGAGAUUAUCGUCGUCGAAGCAGGAGUCGCAGUGCAAGUUCCGAUUAUGAUAGAGGCCGUGGUAGGGGGCGAUAUGACGAUGAGCGGCAAAGGAGUAGGAGUCGAUCGUUUGCAAGUGCCUCCCCACCUCGAUAUAGCCUUAGUCCACGGAGGAGUUUGUCUCCUCGGAGGUCACUCUCCUCUAGGGAUGAGAGUCCUGACAGGCGCAGCCAUGAUGAACGGUCUCCAACCCCCCGUAGUGUUUCACCACGACGUCGACCUGCUGAUUCUCGAAGCCCUUCCCGUCAUAAUCGAGGCAUUGAUGAUUGAUAUUGAAGGAUGAUUAACAGGCAGGAGAGACAAUUAUGAAGGGCUUAACAUGUGACCAUUUUGCUAUUGUUGGGGAGCAUCAACUGUCAUGAAUGUUCUAAUCGAAGUUCCUAGUGCUAGUUUGGUAGGAUUGGCCUUCCCAAUGGUUAAAUAAUUCACUAUCAAUUUUCAUGCAUACUUUAUUUAGCUUGUGUGUCUAGAUAUCUUGUGCUCAACUGUUUUUCUGUAAGAACUUUACUAGCUUACAGACAUUUUAGCUGUUUUGUGGGAUGGCAUUUCAGUAUCUAUGUGGGUUGUUAUUCCAGUAUAUUUUCUUGUUCUUUUUUAAAAAAAAAAAAAAAAAAUUCUCCACAACCCCGCAGAAAAUAAAUUUCUAUGCA